CUGUGGAGUCCAGGGUGAAAGGGGUAUGGGGGAGCUGCCCAGAGCCUGGAGAAGGGUAGUCAGUGCAGGAGAAUGCUGUAGCUGUGGUGUUGGCUGCAGCAGGAGCCGUCGUGGCGGUGUUCUCAGCAGAGGCUCCAGCUCAGAGCGGAGCAACUCAGCAGACAAUAACCGCUCUGGGAGCUGGACCUGGCAGGACCCAGCUGUGAUGCUUCCUGACUGAUCAUGUUUUAACUCUACCUGGAAUCCAAAGGCUGCAUUUCCCGUUGAAGAGCUGUCGCCAUCAUGGAGACUCAAAAGGACGAAGCUGUUCAGAUCAAGGGAGCAUCAGCCUCUAGAGAUACCCAAGACCAGGGAGCUGAAAAGGGAGCCAAGAACAAGACAUCUGAGACAACAGAAGGACCAGCAUCAGAGCCACCUUUAUCAGGCCCAGGUAGGCUGAAGAAAACUGCCAUGAAACUCUUUGGUGGCAAGAAGGGAAUCUGUACUCUGCCUAGUUUCUUUGGGGGAGGACGAAGCAAAGGUUCUGGGAAAGGCAGCUCUAAGAAGGGUCUAAACAAGAGUAAGACCCACGAUGGCCUGAGCGAAACAGUCCAUGGCCCUGAAGAUGUUGUCAUUGAAGAAACAGGCCUCUCUCUACCUUUGUCCAAGUCACCUCAGUUUCCUAGCUCCCAGAGUGCCCACGGAGCUUUGGAGAUAGGCUCUAAACACAAGACAACUGGGGCUGAAGCUGCAGAGAAAGCUGGAGUUGAAAAGGUACCCUCUGUGCAGAAGCCUAAGAAAGGCCUGAAAGGCUUUUUUAGCAGCAUCCGCCGUCACCGUAAGAGCAAGGUUUCUGGGGCUGAUCAAAAUGGGCUAGGGGCAAAGGAACUUGAAGGAGUCAGAACCAGGUCUCAUGAGCAUGUGAGUUCAACCUCUCUGCCCAGCUCUGAGGAGAUAUUCCAAGCUGCUAGAAAGGAAAAUGCCAAGCCCCAGCAUACUCCCGAACCAACAAUUUCUCCAGCACUAAAACAUUUUUCACCAACUGCUGAGAAGACAGCCUGUAAAAAUCCAGAAAAACUCACAAAGACCCGUGCCUCAGAGUUCAUACAGUCCAAGCCUACUCCUGAAGCUAGUAGCCUCGAGGAGCCCCACACUUCAGAAACAGAAGAAAAGGUGCUGACUGGAGAAGUAAACCCACCCAAUGGCCCUGGUGGGGAUCAGCUAAGCCUCCUGUUUGGGGAUGUCACAUCCCUAAAAAGCUUUGACUCACUGACAGGUUGUGGUGACAUUAUAGCAGAACAAGAUAUGGACAGCAUGACAGAUAGCAUGGCCUCUGGUGGCCAGAGGGCCAACCGAGAUGGGACCAAGCGAAGCUCCUGCUUGGUGACCUACCAAGGAGGUGGGGAGGAGAUGGCCUUGCCAGAUGAUGAUGACAAUGAGGAAGAAGAGGAUGAGGAGGUAGAAUUAGAGGAUGAGGAAGAGGAGGUCAAAGAUGGAGAGGAAGAUGGUGACUUAGAGUAUCUUUGGGCAAAUGCCCAGAUAUAUCCAAGAUCUAAUCUGAACCUGGGCUACCAUACUGCUACAUCCCCCAGCCACCAGGGCUACAUGCUCAUUGAUCCAGUUCAGUCUUAUCCUAGCCUAGGCCCUGGAGAACUUUUGACUCCUCAGAGUGACCAGCAAGAGUCUGCUCCCAAUAGUGAUGAAGGUUAUUACGACUCUACCACACCAGGGUUUGAGGAUGAUUCAGGUGAGGCUCUGGGGCUUGUCCAUAGGGAUUGUCUACCCAGAGACAGCUAUAGUGGUGAUGCCCUAUAUGAAUUCUAUGAGCCAGAUGACAGUGUUCAGAACUCCCCACCUGGGGAUGACUGCCUUUAUGACCUCCGUGGUCGCAGCUCCGAGAUGUUUGGUUCUUUCUUGAAUUUUGAACCCUUUUCUUCUCGGCCACCUGGAGCAAUGGAAACAGAGGAAGAACGGCUAGUGACCAUCCAGAAACAGUUACUAUACUGGGAGCUUCGCCGGGAGCAGCUUGAGGCUCAAGAGGCAUGUGCUAGAGAGGCUCAUGCCAGGGAAGCCUAUGCUCGAGAUAACCACACUCGGGAAUCUUACAGCAGAGAUAUCCGAACCCGAGAAACCCAGGCCCGAGAGGUUCAUGCUCAAGAGGGUCGAGUCCGAGAGACUCAGGUCAGGCAUGAGAAGCCUGUCUUGGAGUAUCAGAUGAGGCCCUUAGGCCCAUCAGUGAUGGGCCUCGUGGCAGGGAAUUCAGGGGCUUCUCAGACUUCCCACCGGGGAACCACCUCAGCUUUCCCUGCCACUUCUAGCAGUGAACCAGACUGGCGGGAUUUCCGCCCUCUGGAGAAGCGUUUUGAGGGCACUUGCUCCAAGAAAGAUCAAAGUACGUGUCUGAUGCAGCUCUUUCAGAGUGAUGCCAUGUUUGAGCCAGACAUGCAAGAAGCAAAUUUUGGCGGCUCUCCCAGGAGGGCCUACCCUAGUUACUCACCCCCUGAGGAGCCAGAGGAAGAAGAAGAUGAGAAGGAAGGGAAUGCCACUGUGAGUUUCUCACAGGCCUUAGUAGAGUUUACCAGCAAUGGAAACCUUUUUUCCAGCAUGUCUUGCAGUUCUGAUUCUGAUUCAUCCUUCACUCAAAACCUCCCUGAGCUGCCGCCUAUGGUCACCUUUGACAUUGCUGAUGUGGAACGGGAUGGAGAAGGCAAGUGUGAAGAGAAUCCUGAGUUCCACAAUGAUGACCUCACAGCCUCCUUGGAAGCUUUUGAGCUGGGUUAUUACCACAAACAUGCCUUCAACAGCUAUCAUAGUCGAUUCUACCAAGGCCUGCCCUGGGGUGUUAGCAGCCUCCCUCGAUACUUGGGGCUCCCUGGCAUACACCCCCGACCUCCACCUGCUGCAAUGGCACUCAAUAGGAGAAGCCGUUCCCUUGACAAUGCAGAGACCCUAGAGCUGGACCUCUCCAGUUCUCACCUAGCCCAGGGUUACUUGGAGUCUGAUGAGCUACAGGCCCACCAGGAAGAUUCAGAUGAAGAAGGCGAAGAAGAAGAAGGAGAAUGGGGCCGAGAUAGUCCCUUGUCCCUCUACACUGAACCUCCAGGGGCCUAUGACUGGCCUACCUGGGCUCACUGUCCUCUUCCAUUGGAGCCAGACCCUGCUUGGAUAAGCCCCAGUCAGUUGGAUGAGCCUUUCAAUCAGUCUUCAUAUGGGCAGGCACCCUGUUGCGUACCUCCUGUGGCAAUGGCAAUGUCAGUGCCAGGGCUCCCAAGGGCACCUGGAGACUCUCUGUCUCAGCUAGCUCGACCUUCACACCUACCCCUGCCCAUGGGUCCUUGCUAUAACCUUCAAUCGCAGGCCUCCCAAAGUGUGAGGGCCAGGCCUCGGGAUGUACUGCUGCCCGUAGAUGAGCCCAGUUGCACCUCCAUUUCUGGAGCCAACUCUCUGUCUCAAGCCAAGCCUGUAGGCAUCACCCAUGGUAUCCCUCAGCUGCCCAGGGUGCGGCCUGAACCCCUUCAGCUUCAACCCAGUCACUACAGAGCUUCCAACCUUGACCUGUCGAAGGAGAGGGGAGAGCAAGGUGCCUCUUUCUCUACCAGCUACUCCACUGCCAUGAAUGGAAACCUAGCCAAGUAGUUAUCAAUUCCAGAGUGGAGACCUGAGCAUGUGAAUGGGGGUCAGG